CACACACUUUGUAAUUAUGUUGAUAAGAGUGCAGUGAUUACUAAUGAUGUGUUGAAUCCGUGCGAAACAGUUUGCGGUGAAUGUGUUCCGAACCCUUCCUCCCUCUUCGAACCCGAACGGCGCUGAGUUCGACCCCGAGGAGGACGAGCCUACUCUGGAGGCCGCGUGGCCUCACCUCCAGUUAGUCUACGAAUUUUUCCUCCGAUUCCUCGAGUCACCCGAUUUUCAGCCCAACGUCGCGAAGAAACACAUCGAACAGAAGUUUGUGCUACAG